AUGGACCGGUCGUUUUUCCUCACAAAUGAAACCUUUGAAGGCUUACAAUUAGUUAGCAGAAAUGGCAAGAAAUUGACUACAAUUUGUGUAUCAAACUUUAUGGAGUCUUUAAUACAAUUUGCAAAAUUAUUGUUCUUCAGGUAGAUCGUCCUCUGACUUGGGCUUCUUGCUGCUUGAUUUUGCGGAGCUUUCGGCCUGCGUCGGCUUCGAAGUUGCGGCAUUCUUAUCGGCUGGAGUUUUGGCCUUUUUCCCGGCUUCAGUUGCGGCUGACAGAUUUGGUUCAUCAACUGGAGCCAUCGGGUCGUCAUUUGAUCGGUCGGCCAGUGUCGGUGCUGAUGGAGCCUCUGUAGCUGCUGGAUCAUUCACUGGAGCCUCUGGUUCUGCCGAUUCCUCAAGAUUCUCCGGGGCUGAGAUCGGCACAACUGGCGGAUCUUCAAGUUCUUCUUCAUUUAGCGGCUCCAGCUUUUCAGCUGAUGCUCCAGUGGCAACAGGAUCUUCGGGAAGUCAAAUUGAGGUCACCGGAACCUCCGAGACGGACUCCGGCGCUGCUGGAGCCUCUUCAACGUCCUUCGAACGCACUGAAUUUACCAAAAUUUCGAGUCCAAGUAGCUCCGCUGUCUCUUCCUCCGCUGGGCUACCUCCCCGAAUGGAUGGAAUUGCUCCGGACGCCGCCUCAGGCGCUGGAUUGGAUGUUGAAAAAAGCUCGCAUGGCGUGAGUGUUGCCGAACGAACUGGCAGUGGAUUUGAUGACAAACAAGUGAGAAGAGAAAGAGCCAAUUCGUAA